ACCAUAACUAACCAGCACCAAGAUUAUAAGCAGCUCUCAUAUACACAUAUAUAUAUAUAGCAUGUUGUAAAGAAAUUACAAACCUUGACCUCUUUAUUCAGACAACCCUCCUUUAUAUAUAUAUAUAGAGAGAGAGAGGAAGAGAGAGAGAGAGAGCUGAAUUUAAUGCAGAAGAAACGUCGUUGAGGUGUUUGAUUUUUGAAGUGAAGACAAUAUCAUUGGAUCGAUCAAAGAAGAAGAGAAUUAUGGGUCUAAGAGACAUCGGACACACACUACCACCAGGUUUCAGGUUCUAUCCCAGCGAUGAAGAGCUGGUCUGUCAUUAUCUUUACAACAGGAUUACCAAUCAACAACUUCUCAUCAAUGCUACUUUGGUCGACAUCGAUCUUCAUACAUGUGAACCAUGGCAGCUCCCUGAUGUGGCGAAGCUGAAUUCGAACGAGUGGUACUUCUUUAGCUUCCGUGAUCGCAAAUAUGCGACCGGGUUUAGGACCAACCGGGCUACCACCUCCGGGUACUGGAAGGCGACCGGGAAGGACCGGGCCGUGCUAGACCCGCAAACUCUGGCCGUCGUGGGAAUGAGAAAGACUCUGGUUUUCUACAAGAAUAGAGCUCCAAAUGGGACCAAAACUGGAUGGAUCAUGCAUGAGUUUCGCCUUGAGAACCCUAACCUCCCUCCUAAGACUGGGUGUUAUGCAGAGUAUUUCACAAAUCCAGGGGUGAAGAAAGCAACAAAUUCGUCCCACAAACUUUGUAUAAUUGCACAUCUGCCCCUCCAACUUCUCCAAAUUUGGCUGCAUCUCCCACAGUUGAACAUGCCACCUGCUUGCCUAGUACCUGUGCAAACAUCGCCAACUCCAUCUCCCAAUUCAGCCACCAGCACCAGCAUCAGGGCCAAAACCCUAGCACUUCCAUCGGCUUGUCGGCCGUCGACCCCACCGCCUACUUUCUUCCAUCUCAUGAUCACAUCAACGGUCCUCAUUCCUCGACUUCUGAUGAUGGUGAUCAUGAUCAGACCAAAUGUCAUGAGGGUGAUUAUGGAUUCUUGUUCGACAUGAGCUUCGACUAUUGGAACGGAUCAUCAAUGCCCUCGAAUCUUGAUCGUAUGUACGAGAUUUGAUUAUGAAUAGUUCAGUUAAUUUGAUCUGAAUUUUGAACACUUGAUUCGUUAUUGUAUGGUGUAUACGUAGAAUUAUAAGGCCAUUUGUGAAGACUAGAAUAUAUAUAGUACGUAGUUAGUGUGUGUUUUUGAGGUAUAGUAUAUGUUUGAGAUUUGAAUAUAGAUAUUUAGAAAUAAAGAAUUUAGGUAGAGUUUAGGGUCUAUUUGUAAUAUUGCAAUUUGUAAAGUGAUU